UGGUAAUUUCGUGGCAGUUUCAUUGAAGCAACAAUGUUUGAAAACAUUAAAAGGAUACUUGAGCAAAUUACAGGAAUCUCUAUCAAUGAUACAAUUUGGCAAGCAAGAUAGUUAUUUCGAGAUGCAUUCGACAAGACAAAGGCAAAAAGUGGAAAGGCGCCCACUGCAAUGAGAGCAAAAAGGAAACACCCACUGUUAUUUAUUCCAAGGCAAACUCAUCUAGAUUUCCUUCGUGAAAAUUCACCUUUCCUGCAUGUGCACGAGCAGAUGCGCGUUAACGGCAUUAGUCGGAUUCCGUUAAAAUGGCCGCCUCCAGUGCAGUGAUAUCAAUGUCCAAAAUCAUUAAACCCAUUUGGGGUGGACGGUUGGCAACGACAGCAAAAGUAUUUGGAGCCACAGUGAGCAGUCGCAGAGAGAAGUCAACAGUAGGACAAAUCAUUCCCCCUCCUGCAAAGUAUGGUGGCAGACACACUGUAACUCUGAUACCUGGAGAUGGUAUUGGACCAGAACUGCUCAAUCACGUAAAGGAGCUCUUCAGGUUCAGCUGUGUACCUGUGGACUUUGAGGUUGUGAAUGUCAGCUCAGCUACCGAGGAUGACAUCAACAACGCCAUCACAGCCAUCCGCCGUAACGGAGUGGCCCUCAAAGGUAACAUUGAGACCCUCCACACCCUGCCUGCUUCCCACAAGUCCAGAAACAAUCUCCUCCGCACCAGUCUGGACCUGUAUGCCAACGUCAUGCACUGUAAAUCCCUCCCUGGAGUUCAGACUCGCCACAACAACAUUGACAUCAUGAUCAUCAGGGAGAACACUGAGGGAGAGUACAGCAGUCUGGAGCAUGAGAGUGUAUCAGGGGUGGUGGAGUGUCUCAAGAUCAUCACCCGGACUAACUCCCUGAGAAUCGCUGAGUAUGCCUUUAAAUUGGCCCGGGAGAAAGGUCGCAAGAGGGUCACUGCAGUUCACAAGGCCAACAUCAUGAAGCUGGGAGAUGGUCUGUUCCUGCAGUGCUGUCGAGAGGUGGCUGCUGGAUACCCUGACAUUGCCUUCGACGCCAUGAUAGUCGACAACACUACCAUGCAGCUAGUGUCUAAGCCCCAGCAGUUUGACGUUAUGGUGAUGCCCAACCUGUAUGGUAAUGUGGUUAGCAAUGUGUGUGCUGGCCUGGUGGGAGGACCAGGGCUGGUGCCAGGGGCCAACUAUGGCCGUGACUAUGCUGUCUUCGAAACGGCCACCAGGAACACAGGGAAGAGUAUUGCUGACAGGAACAUUGCUAACCCCACAGCCAUGCUACUGGCCAGCUGCAUGAUGCUAGAUCACCUCAAGCUCCACGAUUAUGCCACUAUGAUCAGGAAUGCAGUCCUUACGACCAUGAACGAGACUCGGUUGCACACAGCUGACAUCGGGGGGCAGGGCACCACCUCUGAGGUGGUUCAGGCGAUCAUGAGAAACAUCCAGAGCAAGGGGCCUCUCACCAGCGAGCUCUGAACGCGAAAUUUCGACCACACACAUCAAGUCAAUGCUGUUGGAUAACAUACAAAUCCUUGGUGUGUCUCGUAUAUUUGAACAACUGUGUGCCGUAUGAGAGAGUGGGUGUGUGUUUGUGCAUGUUUAUUUCCAUAGUAAUGCUCCUCUGUUGAGCGGUUCAGUCUUUCCUGUAAACACACACACACACACACACCGCUUUCAGACCAAUUCAUCCCUUUACGUUUGUACAGUUUAGUCAUUUAGCAGACACUCUUAUCCAGAGCAACUUAUAGUAGUGAGUGCAUACAUUUUCAUACUGUGGGACUCAAACCCAAAACCCUGGUGUUGCAAGUGUUAUGCUCUACCAGCUGAGCCACACGGGACCAUGUCAUCUUCCCCUCUGCAUGCCUUUAAUUCAUUCAAUCAUGUCUGUGUAUUUCAAUGUUUUUUUCAAUGUAACACCAUUUUGUCUUUCCAUAACCAUUCCCUGGCUGUUUGAAGCACAUUUAACAUUUGAGCGUAAACAAAGGAAGUAGGAGGCUCAAACUGCAUCUGUACUAACAUGCUGUAGUGAAGUAGUAACAGUUAGGAUCUGUCUCUUGCAUUUAACUGCAGCACUUUAUAGCUACUCUCUGCUAGGUUCAUCCUACAUCCCAGGACAUGAUGGCCUAGACAGCAACACCUCUAGCUCCACUUAAACGUAUUAUAUGUAGAUGUGUUUAUGUGAUUUAUAUUUUAUACUGUCCACCUAUUUUCCUAAUUACAAUGUAUCGUACAGUAGAAAAGAAUGUGUAAAUGGUUAUGUUUCUUACGGUACUGAAAUAUUAUAGACUGUUUUAUGUUCUUCUCGCAGUCCAGCGCUUAGCUUUACGUCUGCAGGUAGCCUGGCGGGUAGAAGUGCUGAUUCAGAGGGGUUGGGUUAAAUUUUCAGUUGAAUGCAUUCAGUUGCACAACUGAUAAGGUAUCCCUCUUUCUCUGUCUCAAAUCAAAGUUUUUGUCACGUGGCCGAAUACAACAGGUGUAGUAGACCUUACAGUGAAAUCCUUACUUACAAGCUCUAACCAAUAGUGCAAAAAAGGUAUUAGGUGAACAAUAGGUAAGUAAAGAAAUAAACCAACAGUAAAAAGACAGGCUACAUACAGACACCGUUUAGUCAGACUUAUUAUUAAGGUAGUAUGUACAUGUAGAUAUGGUUAAAGUGACUGAAGAUAGCCCGGUUAGCCAAUGUGCGGGAGCACUAGUUAGUCGGGCUAAUUAGGUAGUAUGUACAUGAAUGUAUAGUUAAAGUGACUGCAUAUAAGAUAAACAGUAGCAGCAGCGUAAAAAGAGGGUUUAUCUGUGACUAUCAGAUGUAUCUUUCCCACAGAUAUCAAAGUCUUAUGAUUUACCAAUUGCCUUUUGUGAUUUUGAAAUCAAUUUAAGUACUCUUUAAUUUGCCUUAAAGCUGCAAUAUGUAACUUUUUGGGCGACCUGACCAAAUUCACGUAGAAAUGUUAUAAAUCUAAUUCUCGUUGAAAGCUAGUCUAAAAGCGGUAGAUCUGUUCUAUUUCUAUGCUUCCAGUUCUUAAAUUUGUUUUUGCGACUUUUACUUUUGGUUUUGUACACCAGCUGAAAUAAAAUAUUUUUGUUUAUGGAAAAUAUAUUUCACAGUGGAUUAGAUGGUACAAUGAUUCUCUACACUCUACUAAUUAGGUGAACUAUUAGAAUUUUAGCAACCUGGAAAUGGCGGAGAGAUUUCUGCAUAGUGCAUCUAAGGUUGGGAAAAUCAUAAUUGUAAACCAGAAGUGCAUAUAUCUCUAUUGUUUUAAAAAACAACCUUUGUGUUUGUGCCACAAAUACCUACAUUGAGUGUACAAACCAUAUUGAGUUGAAUCCCCCUUUUACCCUCAGAAUGUCUUAAAUUUGUCGGGGCAUGGACUCCACAAGUUUUCAAUUGUUCCACAGGUCUGCUGGCCCAUGUUGAUUCUAAUGCUUCCCACAGUUAUUUCAAGUUGGCUGGACAUCCUUUGGGUAGUGGACCACUCUUGAUACACAUGGGGAAACUGUUGAGCAUGAAAAACCCAGCAGCGUUACAGUUCUUGACACACUCAACCAGUGUGCCUGGCACCUACUACCAUACCAUGUUCAAUGGCAUUUACAAUUUUUGUCUUCCCCAUUCACUCUCAAUGGCCCAGAUACACAAUCUUUGUCUCAAGGUUUACAAAUCCUUCUUUAACCGGUCUUAUCCCCUUAAUAUUCAACGAUUGGAGUGGAUUUAACAGGUGACAUCAGUAAGGGAUCAUAGACUGACCAGGUGAAGGCUAUGUCAUUGAAAGAGCUGGUGUUCUUAAUGUUUUGUACACUGGGUAUUUACUGUCUCUUAACUUAGUGGUUGAAAUUUAGAGUAAACGGAGCACAUUAACCUGCUAAAUGAAAUGGGAUUUAUUUUGGUUUCAUAUACUAUAGCUGUGGCUGGAUUAAUGAAAUUAGCAUUUUUAUUGAUCAAAUAAAAAUGUAUAUCUAAGCCUA